CCUUAAACCAAUCACAGAUCAUCAACAAUUAUAUUAAUUAAUUGUGUUUUUGGCCGGCCAAUUGAGUUCAAUAUCGUCGAUCUAUCGAGCUUAGCAGCAAUGGCGACAUUAUUGGAUCAUGGCUGCAAUUCCCUUCUCCUGCUGCUGAUCAUCACUUUCUCAGCCAUAACCUGCAACCUCCACCCGGCGGCGGCGGCUCGGCAGCUCCUCGAAACACCCACCAAGCCGGAGAUUCCAGAAUUGCCAAAACCCCAGAUUCCGGAAGUACCAAAGCCUGAGCUCCCGAAGGUCCCGGAACUGCCUAAACCAGAGCUCCCAAAGCUGCCGGAACUUCCGAAGCCUGAGGUCCCGAAGCUGCCGGAAGUCCCAAAACCUGAGCUCCCGAAAGUGCCGGAAGUUCCGAAACCAGAGCUACCAAAGCUGCCGGAAGUUCCAAAACCUGAGCUCCCGAAGGUGCCGGAAGUUCCAAAACCUGAGCUACCAAAGCUGCCGGAAGUUCCAAAACCCGAGGUCCCGAAGGUGCCAGAAGUUCCAAAACCCGAGGUCCCGAAGGUGCCGGAAGUUCCUAAGCCCGAGGUCCCGAAGGUGCCGGAAUUGCCUAAACCUGAGCUACCAAAGCUGCCGGAAGUUCCUAAACCUGAGGUGCCAAAAGUGCCGGAAGUUCCGAAACCUGAGCUCCCGAAGUUGCCGGAAGUUCCGAAACCUGAGGUGCCAAAGGUGCCGGAAGUUCCAAAAACUGAGCUCCCGAAGGUGCCGGAAGUUCCGAAGCCUGAACUCCCGAAGCUGCCUGAAGUUCCAAAGCCUGAGGUCCCAAAGGUGCCGGAAUUGCCUAAACCUGAGGUCCCAAAGCUACCGGAAGUUCCGAAGGUGCCGGAAUUGCCUAAACCUAGUUUGCCAGAAGUCCCGAAAUCUCCAUGAUUUGCUGCUGCUUGCAUGAUGCAGGUUGAAUUCUACUAUAUAUAUAUAUAUAUACAGAGGAUCAUCUAUAUCCAUUGAUGGUAGAGAGUGAGUAUUUGUCGAUUUGUAUUGUUUACAUUUCCAUUGUUGAUUCAUAUUUGUAUGUGAAUGAUGUCAUCACAUUUAUAUAUA